AUCGAUAAGACCAAAAAUAUUCCACUUGGUCCUUCCCAACCCCGCGAACCUCUUCAAAAAUUUCCGUAGGCAUCAACACCACUUACAUAUCCUCCUCCCAACUGCACAUACACAGAGUUUUUGUUUUCCUACGAAACGCUCUCGUUAUAUCUCGAUAUAACGCGACAUACCUUAAACCUACAACCUCACAUCAACAACCCUUCACCACCACAAAGCCCAAGAAAGACAAUAAAAGAGACAUAUCAAAAUGCCACCAAAGUCCAAACCCAGCAACCCCCCAGACACCCGGCCCCUAAUCAACCUCACCAAAUCCACGCAAAUCCUCCUCUCACACUACCAAUCCUCCCUCCUACCCGCGAAGCUCUCCUCCUCCUCCAAUGUCUCCUCCACCUCCUCCAGUUCCACAACAACGACAUCAAACCCCCUCGACACCAUAAAAGCCACCACCACGCUCCUCCGCUCGCACACGACGACGCUCUCCCUCCUCCUGCUAACCCCGCCCUUCACGCCCACGGCCGUCGCGACAAAGCUCAGCGAUGUGACCAUGAAAUCGCUGACCAACAUGGUCAACGCGGCGGCGUCGCCCUCGGGCAUGGGCGCGCUGAUGCGCAGCGAAGUCUCGGCGGGCGUGCGGCGGGUUCUUAGCGCGUGGGGGAAGCUUCUUGCGCUCGUGGGGCGGCUUGCGGAGAAGGGGGCCGUGGCAGAGGCGGAGGCGGAGAAGCAGGAGGUGCUGUCUAUCACGGGUGUGGUUUGGGAGGCGUGCGAUGCGCUGUUGAAGAUUUGUCAGGAUGGGGUGGUGGGGGUGGUGGUUAGGAAGGCGGAGGGGUUCAGGGCGGUGUUGCUGGAUGCGGUGGAGGAAUUGAAGGAGUGGGGGGAGGAUGUGGAUGAUGAGGAGGGGGAUGCUGCGGAGGGGAGCGACGGCGAGGGGGGGAAUGAGUUCGCGGAUGAAGAUGAAAUUUUCGGGGCGGCGAAUAAGUUGGGGAAGGGGGAUAAGGAGCUUAAGGCGCUGCUGGACACGAGUGUCAAGCGACUGAAGAUGGUGGGGAUCUUUUACCAGGCGUUGAUCAAGAGGAGGUUAAAGACAUUCCCCAGUCCCACGUCGUCCGCGACGAAUGGAGAGACAGCAGACGGAACGCAGACAGAUCCCACCACGAAGUUGGAGCAGCUCAUGGACCUGCUGAAGACGAUACCAGACACGAUCGACGACCUAGCAAGCGCAUUUUACGACCUCAACGAAGACGAAGCCAAAGAGACGCUGGACCAAUGCUGCUCCGAGGCCAAGCGCGCAGCGGAGAUCGUCAAGCAGAGCUGGACCGGACAAGACGACGAGUUCACGGCAUGGGCUGGGAAGUUCAUCAGCGCGCUCGAAGCCGCGUGAAAAUGGUCCAUAUAAUAGAAUAAGUCAAACUUAAAAACGAAUCUAAAAAGAAGAAUAUAAAAGGGACAAUCAACAUCACGGACACACACAUCUUGCAAGAAUUGCUCCAGUGCAUCAUUUGUGGUAGUGAGGAAAAGUGAACAGGCAAGCUUCGCCAAAUGGUCGAAGCUCCCCCCUUUCCUUCUUGUUCAAUUGUUUUGUCCCAAAAGAUAUCUUAUGCCUGUGUGAAGACGCCGACCCAGAAGUCAAACAAUGUUUCCUUUCUCCUUCUCGAAACGAUUUAAAUCCAAGCUUCCACCGACGAAUGAAUGAACGUGAUCCAAAGCUCUACUC